AUGAAAAGUGUAUCCUAUGUUAAAAAUAACUUCUGUAAAAACAAGGUCCUCCUUGCUCAGUACACCUACUCGAUCACUCCGACUAACAGCAAACUGCGGUGCGCCUUCAAAUGCUCUCAAGAUGAAAACUGUCUGUCGUUCCAUUUUGAGAAAUCUUCUCUCAGCUGUCACCUCAACAUGCAAUCAUCAACAGAGAACUGUGUUACCAUGACAACCAACACAGAUGCUAUUCACUUUGACAAGGUUAAACCUUCGAUUGUCUGUUUACACGGUGGACUGGACAUUAACGGAACCUGCAGGUGCGUGAACGGCUUUGUCGGGCCCACGUGUGGACGUCUCAUGACUGACUGUUCCGAAGGGUACACCUACGGUUAUGCUAAUGACGCUGUUUACAAUAUUCAGCCUCCAUAUACCACUACGUCAUUUCCGGUUAGUUGUACUAUGAACUAUGGCGGCAGGACUAUUUUACAAUAUCGAUUCGACACGCAGCUUAAUUUCUACCGCAACUGGACCGAUUAUCGUGAUGGGUUUGGAUCGCUGGAUUCAGAUUUCUGGCUAGGUCUGGAGAACAUUUAUCAGAUUGUGAGACAUCGUACUUUUGAAAUUAGGUUCCACAUGUCACUUGAAAACGGAACUUACUACCAGCAGCGAUUCUUCGACUUCAACAUAACUGACGAGACCGGUGGAUAUGCGAUGUAUUUCUCACACAACAUGCCCAGCAGUUCAAACGCUCUCGGCGAUUCGCUGUCCACACUCAACGGGUCAAAGUUCAGCACUUGGGACGUCGACAAUGACAACUGGUCAAACGGAAGCUGCGCACAACUGUACGAAAGUGGGUUUUGGUUCAAUAACUGCGCAGGUUGCAACCCUAACGGUCGACUGUUGAGACCUGCGGACGGGAAGAGGACGAACGACGAAUCCGAGGUGUUCUGGACGUACGACCUCGACGACAACGCCCCCUACAACAUCUACAUCUGGCUCCUGGCGGUGUGA